AUGGCCUUUGAGAACAUCAACGAACUUUAUCGUCUGAAAACCCUGCUUCAAAAGCCAAGAUUGAAAGGGAGAUAUUUGCACUCUCGCAGGUCAUAUCGAAAUCUGCCGGGAUACCAACAAGAUUAUCAACAUGUCAGGCAAAAGAUUAAUUUCUGGAGAACGAAACCCAGCGGGGAUCCCGAUGAAGAAGAAGCAGCGGAUGACCAUGAGACUCAACAGAGUGCCGAGGAAGCCCCUGAUGACCCCGGUAUUUCUAUGGACGAACUCAUGGAGAGACAAAAUGCAGAAGAUGCAUCCUUGCACGACAUGGAUGAUUUAUGUCGUCGGCUCGCCGCUGCAAACAGCAAAAGACGCAAGCAACUGUGGUAUUGGGAAUCACAUCCUUAUCUUGACGAUGCCGAGAAGCUACUAGAUAUGGAACCGCCAAAGCCCUUCCGAAAGACUGAUCCUAUUGGUCUUAACACGACCGAUGCAGAUUCAUUCAAGCCACCGACCACUGCCCAUACAUUCUCGACAGCCGCGCGAUCAGCGAUAUUCCCUGAAUCGCGCGACCGCAAUAACCAGGAAGAAGCUGGAACAGUCUACGAACCAUCCGUCCUUGGAGGCUCAGGACGCUCCAAACUCCGGAUUCCUGACGCUCCUUUGGCCGCAGAAGGAGAGAACACGAUUGAAUGCCCUUACUGUCACAUAAGUUUGAGCACUGACAAGAUAUCGAAUAGAGUUGGCUGGAAGCGGCAUGUGUUUAGAGACUUGCGACCAUACGUAUGCACUAUUGGGGGCUGUUCAGAUCCGAACCGACAAUUUGUCACAAGAUACGACUGGACCUACCACGAAUCGCAAGUGCACCACCGACAGUGGGACUGUAGCGACUGCGAUCAAGCCUUUGAAGACAAAGAAGCCUUCAUUCUGCACAUGUCUGAUGAGCAUAUCGGCCGCUGGACCACGCGUCAGAUUUCCCUACUGGGCGAGUUGCGUGAACGUGGAAAAGAUGACACGGAGUGGUUUUCUUGCAGAUUAUGUUUGACAAGUCUUCAGAAACAAAGUUAUUUUCGGCAUGUAGCAGCUCAUUUGGAAGAAAUCUCACUAUUUGCCCUCCCCAAACUUGUGUCGGACGGCGAAGAACAGGCACAGUCCAAUGAAGCCAACGAAAAUAAUGCCGCCCGCUCGCUUGAGUACGAUCUUUCGAGCAAAGAAUCUGAGGGCAUGUCAGAUUUUAAUGAAGAAGAACAGGUGGAACUGGUGCGAGCUCUCACGGAGAGAUUGGGGCGGGAACAUCCAGAGACGCUGGACAGUAUAGAUAGACUGGCGUCCAUUUACUAUGACCAAAAGCGAUGGAGGGACUCAGAGCAGCUGGAGGCUGAAUUGUGGAAAUCUCGCAAGGAGUCACUAGGUUUCAACGAUCAACUUACGCUAAAAAACAUGAGCAAUGUCGCCACGGUGCUGGCGAACCAAGAUCGACACGAAGAAGCGGAAGAGUUGCGGGUGGAAUUAUUGAAGCUUCGCAAGGAGGUAUUGGGGCAAGAUCAUCCAGAUACGAUACGCAGCAUGGCUGAUCUAGGUUCGACGUUUUCACAUCAGGACCGAUUUGAAGAAGCGAAAGAACUGCAGGUGAAGGCAAUGGAAAUUUCCAAGGAGGCACUAGGAUUCAAGCAUCCACAGACGCUACACAUCAUGCAUUUAUUGUCCUCGACAUUGGCGAAUCAAGAGCGAUAUGACGAAGCGGAAGAAAUGCAGUUGGAGCUAAUGGAACUUUACAAGGAGGUACUGGAACCGGAUCAUGAAGAUGCGCUACGCAACAUGGCUAAUCUGGCAUUGGUAUGGAGAAGCAAAGGCCGAUAUGUGGAGGCUAUGGAUCUUCUACAAGAAUCUACCGAGCGUCUUCGGACUACUCGAGGGGCUGAUGAUAUUUAUCUUCAUUAUCUGAAUAUUUUGAACAGUUGGAUACAAGCGCAGAAGGAUGGAGAUACGGCUGGAGUGUAG